AGUUUCCGCGACAGCUGGAAGCGGAGCGGGCACGACGGGCGCAUCGCUUCCGUUUUUUUUUCUCUCCCUUCCGCUGAGAAAAGAAUCAUCGUCGGAGAGAAAGAACCGGAGCCGUGCUCGUCUCAGCACCUCCAGAGGAACCCCGGUCUGGCAUGGGCGACAAGCGGAGUCCCACAAGGCCGAAGCGUCAACCGAAGCCCUCCGACGAGGGGUUUUGGGACUGCAGCGUGUGCACAUACAAGAACACGGCCGAGGCUUUCAAGUGCAUGAUGUGUGAUGUGAGGAAGGGGACUUCAACAAGGAAGCCUCGUCCCGUCUCUCAGCUCGUCUCACAGCAGCAGGUAACGCAGCAGUUCGUGUUACCCUCGCAGCCCAAAAAGGAAAAGAAGGAGAGGGUAGAGAGGGAGAAGAGCGACAGAGAGCCGGCGCUCAAGAAGAACAGUCACAAGAAGAUGAGGCCGAGAUUGAAAAACAUCGACAGGAGCAGCGCCCAGCACCUGGAGGUGACGGUUGGGGACCUGACGGUCAUCAUAACAGACUUUAAGGAGAAGGUCAAGCCCUCGUCCACCUCAGCCACGUCCUCCAGCGCCGCGUCGUCGGUGGUCGACCACCACAGCCAGAACGGCUCCAGCUCAGAAAACACAGAGAAGGGGCUUUCCCGCUCCUCCUCACCCAGGGGAGAGGGGAGCUCAGUCAACGGAGAGUCCCACUGAGUCGUCACCCCCCCUCAAAUCCUCCUCCACCCCCAGCCACAUCUCAUCUGCAAGUCACUGGAAGGGAAUCCUACUUUUACUUUAGAGCUGCACAGUUUAUUGUUACCAUUCUUCUGGAUUUGUGACUCACAGUAUUUGUCAGGGCAAGGUGCCAACCCCUCAGAUUUGGCAAAUUCUCCACAUUUAGAAAGCAACAUAGAAAACCUUAGUGCAACUUGGAAGUUGCAGUAGUUUACAUCACAAAAAUGCGUUGGACCUUUUCAGUUUUGAUCUUCUAUGGUUCCCUUCAGAUGCACCUGCCUAUCAAGAUUUCCAAUAUUUUUACUGAACAAAAUGUGCAGCCUCAACCUUGGUAUUGUGCUCAGUGGCCGGCAGAGUGACCUAUUCUUCCCCCAUGUGGAAUUCUCAGCCACUGCCUGGAAUUUUUACCUACCUUGUCAUAAACCUGAACCAUCUAGCUCACACUUUUUCUCAGUGUCCUUACACUGAACAUUCAAUAUGACAGCGAACCUUUGCUCCUGAUCUUGAUACUCCGAGCUUUUACUUCAGGACUGCGUCUGCUGAAGAGUGACUUUUGAAACAGCAUAGUGGCCACACUUGUGGAACUGUUUGUUGAUUUCCAUAAUGCUCGGAGCAAGGUUGUUUCGUUCAGUAAUGCUCGACAUGUCCUUGUAAUGGCACCUUGUACAGCACAUGAUUUCAAAAGGGUAAUACCGGUGUUAUUUAGUUUUUUGAAUUUGUGCCCGAGUCAGUUUGACAGUUUUUUAUUCAGUAUAUUAACACCUACAAAUAAACCUGCAUUAUACUUACAGUGCAGAACUUAAAUCUCCCCCUUCUGGCAGUGCGAGUAAUGAUGCAAACAUAAUGUAUGUCCUAAAAACACCAACAGUUUCUUUCUCUGAAUUCUUUGCUCAGAGUUUCUUUUUUUACCCAGACUAUCAGAAACUCAAUAGAUUCACGCUAUACUCCUACUUGUUGUAGCCAACUCCAUAGCUACCGUUAUGCGCCUCUUAAUCUUGGGCAAACCCAAUCAUUGCUAGCAUUCUCUGGUGUACUGUGAGAUUUACCCGGCGCUGGUAGAAUUAAUCAGCUUGCAGUUAACUUGUUUAGCAGGGGCUUGAAUGUAAAAGACGGCUUUUUCUGUAAGCAAGUAUGCUCCAGCUCUAAGUGAUAAUUUUGAUAUGACACAGAUCAAAAAUACUUGUAAUUUUGUAAGAAAUUUGAAAAGUUGAAUAUAGAAAACUCUCUGGUGAUGUAGCCUUUUAAUCCUUGUCUUGGUUUUCUGCAUCUCACAUAGACCAACCACUGAAACAUAUUUAAGAAAAGCUGUUGUUAUGCUCCCUAGCUAGAAUAAAACAGUAUAAGUUUGAAGUUAGCUAGAAGCUUGUAAAGAAAGUUGCUAACUCGCUACAUACAAACUAAGAGUCAGGUUAAUAUAGGACUGAAGUUGAUGUAGAAGCCAGAAACCUCCAAUUUAAGUGUUACUAAUGUAAAUAGCUGUCUGACAGAUGAGAGCAGGUGAAAAAAAAACUUAACAGCUUAAGUCCAUAAUAUCUCAGGGCUGUGUUACAUGUCUUUUCUGCCCUCUAGCUGUCAAAAAACAAACCCACUGCAGCUUUUACAAUCAGACGUGACGUUCAAGAGAGAAACUAACCACUUAAGAGAAUCCAGAAUAGAAGGUCUGUAACUGCAAAUAUGGCAGUUAGAUACAUAAAGGUCGGUAGUCUGAUUUCUUACAUCUGAGCAUGGAAACAUAUCCUCAGCCCACAGUUUGGGUCUGCAACAGUUUGAACUGAUGUUACAGCAGGUGCAGUCGGUUGGAGUAAGAAUAAAAGUGGAAUAUAAGGCACUGUGUAUUGACCCAUAAAACAAGUUGGUGUAUUGUAAACCUUGCGAUUGCGUGACAGAACUGUAACCUGAAGGGGGAAACGUGCUUAAAACUUAGUUAUAUCCAGGCAAAGUCAAUAUAUUCUAAACAUGCAGGUUUUUAUGCCCCAGGGUCCGUUGAAAGUGCAGUUAUGGCCGUCUUUCAUUCAUUCAGCUAGGGGGCCUGGUCUUGUUAGCCUGGAAUAAUUGCCCUUGGGCAUUGCCAAGAUGGCUGCUAUGUGAGACCUGCAAAUAUUACUUUUAGGUCAUAUUUUUAUCCUGUGACAUUGAAUAUACAUAAUUUCCUAAAAGUGUGUUACCAACCCUUCAUUUUAAAUGGCACACCAUGGUCACUGUCAAUUACAUGACUUCCCACAGAAAGUUAUGUGUCGAGGCAAACACGAUAACAAUUUUUGAAGCAUCACUGAUCUCAUUUGUGCUUUUAUUUUCUUCAACAAGAGACAAUUUAAAGCCAGGUUUAUAAGAGUAAAAACAAAAAAACAAUCAUCAGCAAACUGGAAGAUGACAAAAGGCACUUUGGCUGUAAAUGACGCCGGUAUUCUCCUUUUAAUCUCUGCUGCACCCGUUCAGGGUCCGAGUGGAAAACCAGUGGGUGCUCACACUGUUCUGCUGCCAUACGGGACACAGCUUGGACACAGCAGGACUGACACAGGGGAGUUUUGACUUCUGGACAUAUUUAUGAGCUGUAUUGGAGCUUUCCUGCGGUGAGAUGGGACUCAAGAAACUGCUUGAAUCCUCCAUUUUGACGAGACAAAGUGGAGAAACUUUAUAGAGUAUACUAAACUCCAAGCAGAACAAUUAUAGAUCAAGCUAACUACACAUUAACUUAUAAAAACCUGUAGAAUAAGUACACAGAUAAAAAUGGAUAUUUCUAAAAAAAAUAUUGUACUACAAUGUCUUGACGUGGCUUUAUUAUCCAUCAUAUCAGUGUUAUUGUCAAUAUUUUUACUUUUAAAAAUUUUAGCACACAUUCUGAGAACUGUCACAGCAUGAUAAUAUUACGGUCUCGGUAUAUUGUGGGACAGGUCGUCUCUUAGUUCGUUAGUAUCGUUUUGAUUGUCGGAGAUGUACUCUCGUAGGUUCACUACACUAGCUGGGACUAGGUGGGUGGACUUGUGGGAAUUGUUCGGACAGACGUUUGUUAUUUGGUUGUUACAAAAAUGGAAGACACUUAAAAAUGUGUUGGUGUCACUUGUUGGUAUUUUUUCUGUUUGUUUUGCUUUGUCAUGCUCAACGUGUGAACUUGUUUAUUACAUGUCUGAAUAAGAAAAGUCGAAACAAAAAUGUCCUCCUCUGAUGCACACAUCUUCUUUCACACACACAAGCUGUUUUCAGACAUUAAAUCAUUAUCGUCUGCUCAAUUUAA